AAGGGCCCCUCGGAGAGCGCUGGUGGUCGCGAUCUGGCGGCAAGUCCUGCUUGGAGCAGUUCGGGGGUGCCUUUCGAGCUUUUCCAGAGGCAAAGGAAGCGGUAUGGGUCAGACGAGAGAACUCUAAAGCAGCUGCGGGAAAGGGAGAAAGUGCGGAGAUGCGCAGCGCAGCUGGCCUCGGUGCCUUGGCGGCACUCCUGCUCUGCUUCCGCAGCCCUGUCCGGGGACAGACUGAAGACCCCGGGCCGAUCGGUGUGGACAUCUCCGGGAAGUCCGUGACUCUCAUCUGCCCCCUGAAAGAGUCCAGCUGGGAGCAGCAAAAGAGCACGAACGGCAAGCACUUCACCAUCGAAGAGGACAAGUUGCUCGAGAUCGAGAAGGGCAAAGAGUACACCUGCAAAGGCAGUGAGGGGACCCGGAGGAUCUUCCUGAAGGCCAAAGUGUGCGCAGACUGCGUGGAGCUGGGCAUGGGGCUUGUGGCCGGCAUCGUGGCGGCGGACCUGCUCAUCACGCUGGGAGUCCUGCUCCUGGUCUACUACUGCCGCAGGAGCCGCGCGGCCAGCCUCGGCGGAGGCGCGGCCCGGGGAGGCGCCCGCGGGCGGCCACGAGGCCCAAAAGCGGACCGCCCUCCGCCAGUCCCGAACCCGGACUACGAGCCCAUCCGGAAGGGCCAGCGUGAGGUGUACGCUGGGCUGGAGCCCAAAGCCUUCUGAGUGACGGCCCGUGCGCUGCGAGGAUCCCUCUUCCACCCUGGCUGGCAAAGGCUCGCCAGGCACCACCGCCUCGCCCGUUGGUUUCGGCCGCUUCCUCCCCUCUCCGUCCUGGUUCCUGCUGCCCAGCAACUGCUCUCCCUCGGCAGCCCAGUCCUGGCACGGUGGCCAUCGCAACUGUUCCCAGAAGACAGCCUGCCUCCUCCUCCAGAGCCCUGCCGGGUGCCUCCAGCCCUGCCCUGCAGAGGCAGGCCCAGUGCGGGCAGUGACGCCCGAGACCUUUCCCACGUCGGGGGCCCGGAAAGAAGAGGAGCUGUGCAGGCAGCUGCAGAGGGAGCAGGGCAGCACCCCCAUGCUGGAAUCCGCAGCCUGCCAGGCCCGAGCGGCGCUUGGUGGCGGGAGGGCUGCAGGGCAUCGUCCCAGACCUGGAGGCUCCGGCUCCAGGACGACAGCAGCUCGGCUCAGCUCCGGACCCCGCCUGCUCUCGCGGCCUGUUCAUCAGCUCCUCGCAGGCAGACCCACCCGCGGUUCCUGGGAUGUGGGGAUGGCAGCGCGGCGUCAGCCGUGUCGGUCCAGCUGCCCCUGACACCCAGGCCACCUGGCCAGCAGCCCCCCGCCCUCCGCCGCUGUGCCUCCUGCAUUCGGGCCCCGCGGGAGCGAGGCAGGGGGACCGGCCCCACUCUGUGCCCUGCUUGUUCGGCUGCGCCUGCCAGAGCCCAAUAAAGCUUCUUCUUGCCGACUCUG